AUGAAGUUCUCCAACACCGCUUUCUUUGCUGCUACUGUUUCCGUUGUUGCUGCUGAAGCAGCAACUACCGUUUCCACCAUUAAAACUAUUGUUGCCACUAACGGUGAUCACGUGUACACCAAAGUCGUCACUGACUCUGCUGCUCCAGUGUACACUGAAUCUACCACCGUGACCACUACCAUCACCAACAAUGGUGCCUCAUACGUCAAGACCCUCACCAUAGCACCACAAACCACUAUUGGUAGUUCCACUACAUCGAAAAUCACCAUUACCAACUCUGAUAACGGUGCCACUUACACCAAGACUAACGUCGUUGCUAUCAGCUCUUCUUCCGACGAUGACGAUGAAACCUCCUCUUCAUCUUCAUCUUCCUCCUCUUCAUCCUCUACUUCUUCUGAAUCAUCUACCUCUGACGAUGCAGCUGGUAUGCUACCUAUCAACGUCGGUGGUGCUUUGAUCGCCGGUGCUGUCGCCUGCUUGUUAUAA